UCAGUUCAGUUAGAUGUGCUGUUAAGUCCAGUAGAGUUCUUUGCUUUUCUCUCUCAAGAUGUCCUGGACUCGAGUCUUCAUGCUCACUUUGCUCACAACCCUCCUCAUCCUCACCUUUUGUAGUGUGGCGAGAAGUGCAGCAGUGCGGGACAACACAAAAGCAGCCGAUUCUGAAGGUGCAGCACGGAAGGUGUUUACGCCUGAGUCAGACGCCUCCAACUUCCUCAAACGCCGCAGUCGCCGCUCAACCCGAUACUAUGAGUUUCAAGCCGAGCAGAGGGUGAAGAUCGCUGCAAACGAGCGGUGGAGGGAGAAGAACGAAGAGCAAAGAGAUGAGUACGAGUACCACGUCGAGGAGGAGCGCGAUGAGCAAAAUGAGAGAUCGAGGGAGACCAAUGAGCAGUACAGAGAGUAUCACUACGACGGCCUCCAGCCUCGCUACUACUGGUUCCACUGAGCGUGCUCUGUGGCGUGGAGGGCCGGCCUACAGCACCUCUCAUUGGAACAGUGCUAACACUGCCAUCACCUCUACCAAAGGGGAUUAAUCAAACUUUGAGAGCAAGUGCUCAAGUAAUGGCCAUGUUUCUUUCUACUUUAAUCUAAAGGUUUUCUUUGCUUUUAUUUUUUAUAAAAACAACAAUUGUGCAAUAUGUCUCCCCACAUCAAACUGUAAAUGUAUUAAAAGUGCAGUUUUUGUAUUGUAAGCUAAACAUUAUAUCACAUUAAAUGUUUUGCAUGCUAGUUUUUACUGCCUUUUGUAUAUGUACAGUACAUACAAGCUAUAAAAUGUCAGUCUGUGGCGUUAACAGCAAUAAAAAUCAACCCCGUACAUUAA